GUAGGCACUGCGUAUGUUGUCAUGCGAAAAAAAGAUGGCGUCCGUGUCAGAAAUGUACGACGUGGGUUGGGAAGAGAUGCGAGACAAGCUACGCAAAUGGAGAGAAGACAACAGCAGAAAUAGUGAACAAAUAGUGGAUGUUGGUGAAGAGCUCAUCUGCGAUCAUUCGUCUAAACUGGGCGAUGAUAUUUGGAUUAUUUAUGAGCAGGUGAUGAUCGCAGCACUGGACUGCAGUCGGGACGACUUGGCGCUGACCUGUCUACAGGAACUGAGGAAGCAGUUUCCAGAUAGCCACAGAGUGAAGCGAUUAACGGGCAUGAGGCUGGAAGCUUUGGAAAGAUACGACGAUGCCAGCAAGCAUUAUGAUGCCAUUCUCCAGGAUGACCCCACCAACACGGCGGCGAGGAAACGCAAGAUCUCUAUACUGAAAGCUCAGGGGAAGAGCACUGAAGCCAUAAGGGAGCUCAAUGAGUAUCUGGAGCAGUUUGUUGGAGACCAAGAAGCGUGGCACGAGUUAUCGGACCUCUACAUCAACGAACACGACUACGGAAAGGCCGCGUUUUGCCUGGAGGAGCUGAUGAUGACCAAUCCGCACAAUCACUUGUACUGUGAGCAGUACGCUGAGGUGAAGUACACUCAAGGGGGGCUGGAAAACUUGGAGCUGUCCAGAAAAUAUUUUGCCCAGGCACUGAGGCUGAACAACCGCAACAUGAGGGCACUGUUCGGUCUGUACAUGUCUGCGAGUCACAUCGCUGCCAGCCCCAAAGUCAGUGCCAAGGUUAAGAAGGACAACGUAAAGUAUGCCGCUUGGGCUGCUGCUCAGAUAAACAGAGCCUAUAAGCUGGCCGGCCGCGGGACCAAGGAGAACAAGUGCUCCAUGAAGGCGGUGGAGGAGAUGCUGGAGUCCAUGCAGAUCACCAUGUCUUAGACGUACCUGGCCACACUUGCCUCCAUCCCUGUUCCUGUUCCAUUGAGGUGAAACAGCAGCUCGGACAGCCUUGUGAUUCCAUCAGACCUGGAGCAUCUUAAAAAAAAAUCUAUUUGAAUUUAUUUCCCCCAUCCCCUGUAGUUUUGUUCUAGAACGGUUUGAAAUUGAUUAAAACAAGCUCUCUGUUGUAUUAACCCAUCCUGGACUACAUCCACACCUCAUCCCACUUUCUUUUAGGUUUGGUCAGAGCUAACAUGACCAGGAGAGAUAACAAACUGUACAGUGAAAGCUAUUUAUAAGAAAACAUAUUGGAGACCUCACCGGUCUGCACUGACUUUGUCUUCUGUUUCCAUAUUGUCUGUAAAUGAAAUUAAUAAACCCUUUUUUUUUUUUCCAAAAUCUGA